UAAGAUAGCCAGGAAAGCUGUGUCAAAGUUCAACAUGGCUGGAGAAUGCGGGGUUACGUACAACGAUAUUUUAUCAGCACAUAAUAGGAUAUGUAAUUUGAUACAUAAAACUCCUGUAUUCACAUCAGAACAGGCGGAUUUAAAAACUGGCAGACGCAUAUUUUUUAAAGCUGAAAAUUUACAGAAAUCUGGUUCGUUUAAAGCAAGAGGGGCAAUAAAUGCCGUCUUUAAAGUAAAAGAAACCAAAGCAGCCUUGGAUGCUGUGGUAACCCACAGUAGUGGAAAUCAUGGGCAAGCAUUGGCAUGGGCGUCGAGGGUUGCUGGUGUACAGUGUUAUGUUGUUGUUCCCAAGAUGGCGCCAGCGGUAAAGAAAAAUGCUAUUGUUGGCUACGGGGCCAGUCUUGUUGAGUGUGGCCUUGAGCCAGUGGACAGGUACAACACAUGUGAAAAAAUUCAAGAAGAAAAAAAGGCUGAGUUUAUACCACCUUACGAUCAUGUUGAUGUCAUUGCUGGACAGGGAACUAUUGCUGUAGAGUUCCUUGAACAAGUUCCCAAUUUGGAUGCAAUCCUUGUUCCAAUUAGUGGUGGAGGAAUGUCUUCAGGGAUCGCCAUAGCAGCUAAAGCAAUCAAGCCUGAUAUCAAAAUAUUUUUGGUGACUCCCAAAGGCAAAAAGCUUGAAGAAUGCUUAAGAUCAGGUAAACGUCCAUGGGAAGGACCACCAAAAUAUCUUGACACCAUCGCAGAUGGUAUAAGACUACAACAGACUGGACAGAUAACAACGCCCAUUUUAAUUGACUUAGCUGAAAAGGAUGUUUUUGAAAUGAGUGACGAAGAGAUGGUUCAGGGAAUGAAAUUUAGUUUUGAAAGAAUGAAGCUUGUGAUUGAGGCAGCGUCAGGUGCAGCAGUUGGAGCAGCAUUCUCUGAUAAAAUGAGAAGAAUGGACAGUAGUUUACGUAAUAUUGGUGUCAUUUUAUGUGGGGGUAAUGUAGACAUUGAUGACCUCCCUUGGUAAUUAGAAUUUGAUAGUUACUUCCUGUGAUAAUAAAUGAUAUUUGUUAUUUGUUGAUUUGAAACAUGUUAUAUGUGGUCUGGUAUUUUAAUAUUAUAACAGUUUAAACAGGUGAUGUGGAGGAUUAAAAGGACAAUAUAAUGUAAAUGUGGGGGCUUAUAGGAACAAUAUACUCAAAGAAACUUUAUACAACCUACAGCUGGGUUUCUAAUCAGAAAGCACUAUUGUUAAAAAAUGUUUAACAAGUUGAUUGCCAAAUUUAAUACUCUGGGUCAUUUAUUGUAUUUGAAUAGAAAAUUAUUCCAUUUCAUUUAAUGAUUUUUUAAAAGAACAUUUUAAAAUUAAUAAUAAUCAGCAUUUUAAUAUAAUGAUCACAUAAACUGAAUA